AUGUCUAAAGCAAGUGAUGAAAUAUCAAGGAAAAUAGAAGAAAGUGUUGUAGCUGUUCGUCUAAAAGCAGAUUCCGUACGUAAAAUAAUGAAAGCUGCAAAUCAAAAGGGCAGAUCAGUUGGAGCUUUAUCUGAAGAAUUUGCAGAUGGUGUAGAAAAAGCAGCAACAAACCAAUUUGAUGCAGUUCAUGCUUCUCUUAUUGGCUUCUCUACUAUUUUAGGAAGAGUCGAAUUUCUUCGAAAAGCCUGUUAUCAAAGAAUAGAUGCUCUUUCACAAACAGCAUUAGUAAACCAAUCAAAACCAGCACAAGGACUUCAAACAUCUUUGAAUAAAAGAAAUGAAGCUCUCAGAAUAUUACAAACGCAGACUAAUGUCCCUGCUGCUGAUCAAAAAGCUGUUCAGACUAGAAUAACCGCUCAAGGAGCUAAUAAUCUUGCUAUGCAAGAAGCUCGCCAAUGGUACACACAAUAUAAUGUUGAAUUAAAGAGAGUUCUUCGAGAAUACGCCCAUGCUCAAAUGGAGUUUGCUGCUAAAGCUUUAGAGCAAUGGUCAAACUUCAUGGAAGAUCUUGCUCUUCUUGAUUUUAACACAGAUACAGAUGCAAUUGUUACUAAAUUAGAGCAAGGAGCUGCGUUGCAGACAGGGGAACCAGCUCCUCCAACAGAUAAUGAAGCACAUUAA